CAGCUCAACUCGGCGUACUUUCUGGUUUCACCAGCGCGUCUAUGGCAACGACGCAACCCGACGACGGGGAUCAUGGCAACGGCGUCCUUGGCAACGGGACGUCAACAGAUCCAGCGAAGAGCUGAGAACAUACUGGCUCGUUCGAUCGGAGUUCUCUGCCCGCAAAUAAGCAUGUCUUUCGAGAUCUCAGCCUCCAGACGUCCCCUUGACCCCAGCUACGACUCGCAGCCCAUGGAUGUCCAGCCUCGGACCUCGGACAGUGCGGCGCAAGGGCAGCUGGCGCUGUCCUCCUCCGGCUCGGCCGCAGCGGGGCUCCGCUCGUCCCGGUUCAGCCCGGCCGAAUGGCUGGAAAGGAACCGCUCGGUGCUCCGGCAGGCGGCCGCCCAGCGCCGCUCCGCCCAGAGGCUGACACUCGAGUCGAGAAGCGUGCAGGCGGAAGCGGAGGAGAGGACGCUGCGCUCGCAGGCUCGCAGCACCCAGAGGCUCGGCGAGCGGCUCGAGGAGAUCCACGCGCGCAGGUCGGAGCUGCAGAGACACGUGGAGCUGGUGGCGGGGGAGACGGAGCUGCUGGUGGCGCUCAGGAGGCGCCUGGAGAAGGCGCUGGAUGCCAGCGAGACCCCCAUGAUCAUCUCGACCCACAAUCUGACCUGCAGGGAGGGCCGCAUCGGGCCGGACCUGGUCAAGGACACCGUGGAGGACGAGCUCAUCAAGGAGGUGGAACUAAUCCAAAGUGUCCAGGCCCUCCUGAAAAGAACACUAACCCAGGUCAUCGAUCAGAUAAGGUCCAACCGGGAGGUGAAGACGAUGCUCGAACUGGACUGGUCGGACAAGUCGCAGGCGUACAGCAUGGAUGACUGUUGCGCCCACUACAGCAACGGCAGCAUGGACACUCAGUUCCACCCCAUCUCAGCCAAGCUUCAUGAACAUGCGUCCGACCAUGAGAGCUGGGCGAAGUUUACACAUGGCAACCUUGUGCAGAGUGACCGGGCACAGAAGGCCUCCGCGGAACUGCGGCUGCUGGCGGAGCGUGUGCUGCAGGAGACGGCCGAGGACCUGCACGCCCAGGCUGCCGCUGUCGACCUUGCCUUAGCCCACCGGUGCCGGGAGGUCAGUGAGGCCAAGGUGCAGCUUGAGCUCCACCUCAGUCAGACCCAGGAACAGAUCAGUGCACAGGAGCGGAGCAUUGUAGCACUGGAGCAGAUCCUACGGAAUAAAGAGGCACCUCUGAGGGUGGCUCAGUCCCGACUCCACCACCGUGCACGGAGGCCCAACGUGGAGCUGUGCCGUGAUGACCCACAGAUCAGUCUGGUUGCCGAGGUGGAUGAGCUUGAGCGCACCCUGGAGACCCUGCGGAGACAGCUGUCCGAGUCGCGGCGCUCUCUGGAAUGCCUGGAGGAGACACGUCUGACACUCGUGAAGGACAUCGCCAACAAGACCCACAGCCUGCUGAUCGACGGAGAGCUCUGCACAACCCACCGCACCCGCUACCCCACCGCCACCACGCUGGCUGGCUACUGAGGGCAAGGAUAGGCUGUAUUGGACAAGCAGUUUAUUGAUGAUGGAAGGAUGGAUGGAUGAAUUUUCUUCGCCUGACUUCUCUGAAAUUUGUUCAUUGGAGAAUGAACACAACCAUCGUUUACCCUGAGAGCCAACAGACGGCAGUAAAGAGCACUCAACCCAAAAGGAACUGUGGUUAAGGAUUUAACAAUUCAACUUACUUAGAAACAGUGUUUUAAACUCAUAGAAACAUUUACAUUUAGGUGAUGCUUUUUUCUGGAGCAACUUAAAGUUAUUCACCUAUUCAUACAACUGGGUAAUUUUAAUUUUAGGGUAAGGAUCUUACUCUAUACUUUUGCAGUGUUUUCAGUUUCUGCAGUGUUGGGGAUCAAGGGCAAGAUCAUUUGGAACAUUACACAUGUUUAUGCAGUGUAGCAACAAUCAACGGUCAACAAUCUAAU